AUGGCGCUGAUGGGCAUGCAAAAAGAGAAUGAUUCGCUCAGGGCGGAGUUGGCGCGGGCGCGAGAGAUGGUGAGCGAGGAGUUGGCCUCGGAGCGGCGAAAGAGGCGAGAGACGGAGGAUGCGCUCGCGGAGCUCUGUCACGCGUUCGAGGCCUCGAACGACGUCGCGCGGGCGUACGCGGAGGAGCUGGACACUUUGCGACGUUCGAAUAGCGGUGUUGAGGCAUCUUGGGCGUUGAUAGAGCCCACGGAAGAGGCGCGCGCGGUGGACACACGCGCCGUCGAGGCGCAUUUAAUUUGGCGUCGACGCGAGGCGCGAAACGAACCGGGCGACGCCGCGAGCGAUUGGGCAAAGUCCGAAUCGAUCGUUCAGGACAGACUCGCGCGGGCGGAUGGGAAAACGGUGGCGUAUUGGGCGUACGUGCGCUCGGUCGCCGAGCUCUUGCGUCUCGGCGACGUCGCCGCGUUAGACACCGCAUCCUGGCGCACGAUCGGUGAGCUCCUCGGUCGCGUCGUCGAUGCGAGAGACGCGACCAAGUAA